AUUCAAAUUCUACAUGAAAAAUAUUAAAGAGGAAAUAUGUGACAGGUACUCUUACAUAAACCAUGGGACUUUGUUUAUUCAAAUACAAGAAGACUAACAGAAGUUGUUAAUCAAGUUUACAGUAUGGACUUUUUUGUUUCAGAAAUCUUCACAACAGCAAAGGGAAAACUAAAAGAGGAAAUUGUGAACUGGGGUUACCAACCUUGCAAGGAAGAUUAUUACAAAGUUCUGUGUAGUGCUGAUGUUGCCGUAUCCACAGCAAUCCAUGAGUUCUUUGGUGUUGCCAUGCUGGAGGCAGUCCACUGUGGCUGCUACCCACUAGUCCCCAGCAGGCUGGUCUACCCAGAGAUAUUCCCAAAGACAUACCUGUACAACACACCUGCCCAGCUGGCCAAGAAACUGAGGAAUUUUUGCAAGUUUCCCCAUCUCGUUAGGCUCCAUACUCUGGAGGUGAACCCUGUAGACUAUUCUUGGGACAGGCUGAAAGGAGGAUAUAGGGAGCUUCUGCACGCGGAGUGAACACGGAGGCAUUAUUGUGUAUUAAGGCCUUGUUUACACUGAGGGGUACAGGGGCGGAUGGAGGUAGUCUUCUGAGUCCUCCAGAAUACGGGCAUAAUUUUUCAAGUUUACAUUGAGGGGCAUUUAAUUUUUUCUGCCAGAAGA